CGACAGUCGGUCGCGCGUUACCGAGCCAAGUGGAUGAGUUCGCGAACGCCUCCCGCUAAAAGCUCCGCUGUCUGCCCGAUCGUGGGUGAUUUCGGUGUUUCGUUGCCCCCUCGAGAGUCUACUCGGCGAGUAUCCUCGCGUGUUUCGGCCGCUUCGUCUCUCGUGUCUAGACGCCACGCGCUUCGCGCCGCACACUCGUGUCUGCUCCUCUCAGAAUAAUAUAUCCAGUGUUGUUUGUUGUGCGGAACAGCGACGAGGGACGCUCUCCACGGGAAAGUUUCACCCCGUCGCGCCACUUACGACGCCCUCGAGGUCAGUUUUGUUGGACGCGCGACACCUGAUCACAGCAUCCGGAAAGCGCGGACGAGAGACAGGUGAUACAGAAGAAGGGGAUAGAGAGGCAAAUCGAGUAAGAUGGGAGCGAGACAGAGCAGAAGGUCCGUGGACAUAACGACGACGCCUAAGAAGGAGGGGAUACCUGCUGAAGGAGGUGUCGUCGGUGACGCUGCUGCACCUGGCGAUGGCAAGUUGGAAAGGAUCGAGGAGACCGACACGAAACCCACCACCAAUGGUAUAGCGCCUCACACGGACGUGGCCGAGGAUAAAGACAAGGAUAAGGACGAUGCCACGGAAAAAGACAAGGAUAAGGAGAAGACGGAAGAAGUGAAGUCGGAAGAGAAGCAAGAAUCGGCCGGAGACUCUCCCGCGGAAACGGCAGAGGUCACAACACCUACAGAAGCUAAUGCCGCUAGUCCCAAUGCUGUCACUUCUCCAGAAAACAAGGAAACCAAAAAGAAGGACAAGAUGAAGAAAAAGUGGUCCUUCAGGUCGAUCAGCUUCAGCAAGAAGGACAAGAGCAAGUAUGCCCGUGAAGAAGCACCCAAGAAUGGAGACGUCACCAAGGAGGAGCCUCUCGCGGAGGGUGGAGAAGACGCGGAGAACGGAUCAGCCACGGCAGGUAGCCCGGUCGAAGAGAAAUCGGCAGUAAGUAGUCCAACAGCGGAGAACGAAGCCAGCCCAACAGCAGCGGCAGCGUCAACGCCGUCGGCCGAGACGAAGGAAGAGAGCCCAGCGUCUGCAGCUAGUAGCCCCGCGGACGAAAAGCAAGAGGAACCCACUCCCUCUGCCCCAACUCCCGUCCCUGUCGAGGAAAAGAAAGAGGAAGUCGAAAAAGUCGAGGCCGAGAAAAAAGUAGUCGAGAGCACCCAGGAAACCGAGGUACCGGUAGAAAACAGCGUGGCUCGCGACAGCACGACAGAAAGUUCCGACGAAACUUCCAAGAUUACAUCUCCAGCCGUCCCAAGUGAAGUGGUGGUACCUGCCUCUCCACCUUCUGCACCAGCCAUCACCGAGGAUGUUGCCUCCGUAGCCAAGGCUAUCGAAGAGAUGGACAUAAGCGACAAGGCUGUUGCGGCGGCAACCAUCGAAUGUAACACAAACGAAAUUAUCGCGGACGCACAUUACCAAAACAAUAUGAACGAAUAAACGCCGCUAACCGAAUUGUGUAUUUUGGGAAGAAGAAAGUUCUUUUCUCUCGUUAAAACCAAAAAAGUAUAUUAUAUAGAUAUGUAUAUUUGGACCAUUCCUGCAACUAAACAGAAAAUAACGUUCUUUCGUUACGAGCAACAACAAUAACAACUGGUAAAAAAGAAAAAAACAAAAUGAUAAAAAAAACAUGGAACGACGACGAUGUUACACCGCGACAUCGCGAGAGCAUAUAGACUUUAUAGUAGGCCUAUUAAUAAUUAUUAGACACGGCAUUUGACGGCAGGGCGAAGUAGAUAAACGUUCACGAAAUGGCUAUAGGGAAAGAACGAGCCGAAUAAAACGGAAAACUAGAUAUUGUUUCAGGAAAAUACAAACAAUGUACUGCCGUUCCGCGGAUAGUAUUCUUGAAGCGGAUUUUUUACUACUACCUUUUUUCCACGCGAUCGAUUAAAUAAUAAAUCUCCCAACGCAUUGGGCCGUGCCUAUUCGCGCGGGUCGUAAUCGUGGUGGCCCUGCUGUGUAAAAAUUUCGUAAACCGUCAUUGUUACUGAAACGCCAAGUCGAACUGUGUGAUCAUCGCGCGACGGACGAGCGAGAUAACAGUGAACAUUCGAAUAAAAACAUCGUUUGUCGGGUAAUUCCAGAGAAAAAAAUACACAAAUGUACUCAUUGAAUCGCGUGCGCCCUCCCGUAACUGUAUUGCACAUUGCUGUUGGCUAUGUCGAAAGAGUGUAAAAGGAAGAGAAAAUUGUAACGGAGGAAAAGAUCAGAGACUGAGAGAGAGAGAGUAAGAGGAAAAGAUGUGCGUGUGCGUUCUGUAUGUAUGAGAAGAGAGAGAGUGCGAAGGAAUGAAAAUUGAGCGAUGAGAAAAGACAGGAAAAUGUGAAAGAAGAACACUAAAAUGCGUCUUUUUGCCAGAAUAUAAACAGGAAAUGAGAGAGAGAGAGAGCGAAGGGAAGAGUAAAAUAAGACGGGAGAAAGCAGAGCGAGGACGAAAUUAUUACAGGAUAUUACGUCAAAAAAAAACGUCUCGAGUGAUGAAACACUCGGGUCGCGACUUUUUUUAAAGGAUAACGAAGUCGAUGAUUUUGCUCGUAUUUCUUAUGCGGUCCUUGCGUUAUCUUUUUUUUAUACAAUUGUGUACACAAUCGAGAGAGACAUGGUUUUACGUUGUAACGAGGAAAUGCACACUUCUACGUAUGACUUUGGUACGCGCGAGCACACGACACACAAUCACACAUGCAAGCAAGUAUCAUGCAACACACGAGAAACACACAGUAUGUCGAGACAGUGUAAGUGAUAUAUAAUCUAGACAUAGAAGAAAAGCGUUUGUGUAAAUUCGGCGUUUUGAUCGAAAUGCUCUUACUACUUUCUCCAUACGAGAAUUACUUACGAGGAAGCCUAUUCGUAAUUUUAUAAUAAUCAUUAAAAAAAAAAAUAUCGCCUAACUACAAUUACGAGAAACAUGCACAAUUACCACGUAACAAAAAAAGAACGGGGAUAUUCGUUUAUACAGAUUUUUCAGAAGUAAAUUAAUUCCGUACGAAAGCUUUUUUUAUUAAGACCGUAGCGUAGUUCGUAAAGUUUAAACGAAAAAAAAGCGCGCAUAUAUACAUGUAAAAUGCUCCAAAUCUCUCAAGAAUAACUGUAAGUGUUACAAUUGGAGCGAGCGUUCACUGUGCCCGCGACCGGCAUUGAUUUUUAAACGAUAUAUUAAUGAGUAAGGAGAAAGAGGUAAAAUUUAAAGUUGUAUAGUAAAACCUUUUCAUUAAAUAUAUUGUCCGUAAUGAUCUUUACAACGAAAUUUACCGUUUUUUCGAGACAAGUUUUGGCGACGAGAGCGAACUUUUUUAUUUGAAGAAAAAAAAAAA